AGCCGGAGCCGCGUCGCACUGCCCCCCCACGCACAGUGCCACAAUGGCAACUGCACCUUACAACUACUCCUACAUCUUUAAGUACAUCAUUAUUGGGGACAUGGGUGUAGGAAAAUCCUGCUUGCUUCAUCAAUUCACAGAAAAGAAAUUUAUGGCUGAUUGUCCUCAUACAAUUGGUGUUGAAUUCGGUACAAGAAUAAUUGAAGUUAGUGGCCAAAAAAUUAAACUGCAGAUCUGGGAUACAGCAGGACAAGAACGAUUUAGGGCUGUAACACGAAGCUACUACAGAGGAGCGGCAGGAGCUCUCAUGGUCUAUGAUAUUACUAGAAGAAGCACAUAUAACCAUUUAAGCAGCUGGCUGACGGAUGCAAGGAACCUCACCAAUCCAAAUACUGUGAUAAUCCUCAUAGGAAACAAAGCAGAUCUGGAAGCACAGAGAGAUGUUACAUAUGAAGAGGCCAAACAAUUUGCUGAAGAAAACGGUUUACUGUUCCUUGAAGCAAGUGCAAAAACAGGGGAGAAUGUGGAGGAUGCAUUCCUGGAGGCGGCCAAGAAAAUCUACCAGAACAUUCAAGAUGGAAGCCUGGAUCUGAAUGCCGCAGAGUCGGGUGUACAACACAAACCGUCAGCUCCGCAGGGGGGGCGACUAACCAGCGAAACCCAGCCUCAGAGAGAAGGCUGCGGCUGCUAGUGACGUGUUCCAUGGCUCCAUUUCUGACCUUUCACCUCUGUCUGUUGGAAGCAGUGCUUUUGACUGCUUCAUCGUCUUCUGUACAUCUUAUUGGGUUUAAUUAAAACUCUGAGACAACAAUUUAACACAGUACUAAACUGCUAAACAACUUAGAUGUAAUCAGGUUAUCAGAAGCAAUUAGAGUAAUAAACCUCUCCUGCAUGGUAAAUUAGAAGUUUUUUUUUUUUUUUCUUUCCUCUUUGAUUGUCCUUGUGAUAGUGUCACCAACCAGUACAUGAUUUAAACUGAGCACUGAUGCUGGACUCAUGAUUUCACACUUUUUUGCAGGGCUUUGUCUUCUGAAUGGUUUAAUUUUCUGCUCUCUUCAGCCUUUCUGCCCCAUCUGUAACUUCUCAAGCUGUCUAUAGUAACAGAUAAGUUUAUUUGCUGUGAAAUGACUUCUGAUGGUAGAAAAGGGGCUCUGAAACCAUGUGCUUUUUGUUGGAGGGAUUCCCUGUGGUGGGGGCGAAGGGAUGGUUUGCAGGAGGAGACUACCGACUGCCAUCUUAGCCUAGCACAGGGAAAGAGUCCUUCUCGUGCUCUAUAGCUUUACAUCACUCUUCUGCCAUUUUAUCCUUGACAUUUGUUAACAGAACGUAAAUAUGUAUAAAAUUUGAAGGAACUGAGCUAACAGAUAAAUACAUUCUGUGUAUAUGAUUUUAAUGAAGAAAAAUUGAUUACUGGCAUUAGAACAGUAUAUAAGAAAAUAUCAGUUUGUACAGUAUGACCUCUAUGUGACCAUGUUGCCCCAGUAGUACAAAAAUAGAUGUUACUGCAGUUCACUAACAUAGGCUUAACUCCUUGGUGUCAACAGUGGACAUUGUGCUGGGGGACCUCCAAUCCCAAUGCAAAAAUUAACACUAGUGGACUAUCCGUCUCGGCUCCAUCUUUGCACUGUGGUAUCUCUGCCGUUUUAUUAACCCUGUUUUUGUGCAAUCGGCAGCGUGCUAACCUGCUUUUCUCUUUUGUAAGCAUUUUGCAUUAUUGGGCUUCGUUACCUGCCUUGCAUUGUAUAAAAAGGCCGGUUCUAUUGCACAUUUUUAUGCUUUUAUACCUUAACUUCUUGGGUGGUCGGAUUCUGAACUGGAUUGUCAGAACAGUGCGUGCGCUCCUAGGCUUUUUUCCUCUUCUUUCUUUAAACUACUUGAGUAUUUUUUUAACACUACAGUGGAAAGGUGUCGUCUUAUUUUAGUUUUCCUCUUGUGCGUGUGUUUCUCUCACCCACCCCCUGAAGGGAAGAUAAGACUCCCUCCAUUUGAAAACAUUAGGAAUGCUUCAUGAAACUACACGAGUUAUAAUCACCCUUGGAUAAAGGGAGACCUAGAGUAGCGGCCAUGCAUGCAGGGACUGUUGAAGUACAUGUUCUCUUCUCUCCGGUUAGAGCUGCGCGUUGCAGUGCUGUACGAGCAGGGUUGCGUCUUGCAUGGAAUGGCAAACUUUUUCACUUCAGAAACCACAAGGGGAAGGAAGUGGUUAAAUCUGAUGCACAAAAGGUGUGUUCUGGUAUCGGGCACCUCAUCCAGCUGCAGUGUUUUAAAAUGCCAAGUGGUCUUUAACACCCUCUUUAGACACUAAAACUAUACAAUGUUCAGACUUGUAAGCGAACGGUGGUACCAGAGUAUUGUACAGUCGAUGUUAAAGCCAAAACUGGAAUGUGCAGACAAUAGGAUUUGGGUACCUUGUGCACUGUCCCUUGUUUCUUGUCUGGUUAGUCUCCUUUUAUUCUUUCUUUCCUUCAACCUAAGGUUCUUAGACUGGUAUAAUAGCAAAGACUUACGACUGAUGCAUCUUGCUGAAACCGUUGCACCAUAAAGAGUUUGCCCAGGGACCAUGACCUGCUGCUGAAGAAAACACAUUUGGGUAAACAGCUGUCUAAUGCUCACAACUUAUUGAGGUGCAUUACCCUUGUUUCCAAAAUAAGUUACAGUAGGUCUUAUUGUUUCUGUGACAGAAAGGACUUGUUUGGACUGCUGUACCCCUCAUUUAAUGUAACAAUGCUAUUAAUCUAAAUAUUUGUAAAUAAAGUACCUGUAUCUAGA